AUGAAUCGGUUUACAGAUUUUCAACCUGAAAACAAAGAUCUACAACCUAUUGCUGGUUACUGGGCUUAUGCACUCGUGUCACUUGAAGAGGCCUUAAAGGAUGUCUUGCCUCAAAUCAACGAACUAAAACGCUCUAUCAAAGAAGCCAAGAAACAUUGCAAGCAGCCGUCACCGGAUAAUCUCACGCGGGAUGAAUCAGCGGCUGUGCUUUUAUACACGAUGGAAGCUGGUGAUCACAGUUUCUAUCGUGUUUUAAAUCAAGUAUUAAGAAAAGAAAAUCGAAAAGAAGCAAUACCAUGGUUUAGCUAUUUGAAAUUGUUUGAUACGGCGCUCAAAAAAUUACCAAAACGGAAAGGCAACAUUUGGCGAGCUGUACCUGGAAAUGUAGCCAGUGAAUAUAAACCAAAUCAAGUAUUAAUUUGGUGGACUAUUAGUUCAUGUUCAACAUCGGCUGACGUUGUCAAAGCUUUUCUCAAGCCCAAUCAAGAGGCAACACUCUUCAUGAUAGAAGCUAUAAACGGAAGAGAUCUGGGUGGUUACACAAUGUUUCCCAAUGAAAAUGAAGUUAUUUUGGGAGUUGGAACUGAAUUACGAGUCAAAAAUGUUGGUUUUGCUCAUAAUAAUUUGCAUUUAGUAGUUUUGGAAGAAAUUGUUGACGACGAUGAUGAUGAUCGUGAUGAUGAUCAAACAGGAUUAGCAGCAGCGAUGGCAAAAUCAUAUGUAACACCAAAACUAUCCACACCUGUCAAGAAAAUAACACUUAGUAAGUCAAAAUAG